CAUCCCCGGAACCUGGGGUCAUAGAGCUCAUUUGCUUGCUCUCACAGGAGCCAGGACAGAAUACCGCUAUGAGCUCAGGGGUCCCAUUACUGAGAGCCCUUCUCUUCCUCUUGGGUGUUGGAGGAGCACGAGUGCUGGCAACAGGCAGGUCCGCUGAGACCGAGAUUGACUUCAAAUACGCCAUCAUUGGUAUGGCAUUGGGAGUAGCCAUAUGUGCAGCUUUCCUUGCCCUGAAGAUAUGCAUGAUCCGGAGACACUUGUCUAAUAAUGACAAUAACCCUGCAGACCUGAAGAACGCACCCCAGGACACCAUUACGUUGAGGAAGAGAAGCCCCAGCCUAGGUGCCCAUGUAGGAGCUGCGCAAACUUCCAUGACAACACUGUACCCACAUCAAUGGAACCCCACCCCAACGUGGCUUGUGAAAAUGGGAAAAAACCCGAGACAGCUUCCUCAGCACUGUGGGGCUUUAACCAUUCAGGCUCACUUUCAGAACUCCCGGUCUCAUAGUCUUGGCUUCUAGGAGAUUCUGGCUUUAAAUACAAACUUGCCUCGGAUUGUGGAGCCGACCAGCCAGUAUCCAGUGCUGUCAAUGGAAAACCGACCUUUUAAGAGAAGAGAGGACAGCCUAGGCUGGAGAGAGAGGAAGGACAUUGACAGUCCUGGGAAGGGCCUUGGUGCCGCAGUUCUUCAAAUAAAGGAGGGGGAUCAAGAGGAAGCCGGACCACUGUGCCACAGAGAGCUACUAUCAUUUUUACCCUCACAUGAUUUUGUGGUGAUGGUUGCAGUGUACAUAGCAUUUGUACAAAAGGCCUCAGGAAAGCCACAUCCUGCUGCUCUUGUCAUCAAGUCGAGAGUCGGGGCACAGACUCUGUGAACAUUCCCUCACAACUGAAUAACUUCUGUCUUGGAAGACUCUGCUUUUCCAUUCUGCGAGAAGACAGGUGGCUGUGUGGACUGGGUCUCACCCACACAGGUUACCUUUCACAUGCUGUGCUGAAGGAGGAGCUAUUUUUCAAAACCAAGUGCUGCGUUAUAAUAAUGUCUGGAGUCCCAGGGUGUCUUUUGUCUGACUUGAUAGAAGUGCUACUCAUUAACAGCUUUUGUUAAAUGAUCACCUGAAGCAGAAACAUGAUCCUCAUAAGCAAUCUUUCGUGUGUGAGAUAGAAUAAAUCAUCAUGUACUGGGGCUGGAAAA